CCGACUAAGAGGAAAUCCUAAGGAAAUGUGUGGGAUCACGCUCCGUGCAGCUGAGAAGCCUGGGCACUAUUGACCACUUAUUUUCACCGUGUGACGCCGGUAAACGGGACUGGAAUCGUCGUCCGGUACAGACACGGGCGUGGUGACCGACAGCUAAGGGGGGGGAGAGCCGGGGAAGCCACCGUCGUUGGGUCAAAAUGUCGAUUCAGUACGAGGUGGAACAGCUGGCUGACAGCUACGGGGUUGCGGACUCGUUCCCCAAAGAUUUCGGCUAUGGUGAGGAGGAGGCCGACAUCGAGGACAGCCCGGCACCAUCCGACAGCAAGCCACGGAUCCUGCUCAUGGGUCUGAGGAGGAGCGGCAAAUCCUCCAUACAGAAGGUGGUCUUCCACAAAAUGUCCCCCAACGAGACCUUGUUUCUGGAGAGCACUAACAAGAUCUACAAGGACGACAUCUCCAGCAGCUCCUUCGUCAACUUCCAGAUCUGGGACUUCCCCGGGCAGGUGGACUUCUUCGACCCCACUUUCGACUACGAGAUGAUCUUCAGAGGGACCGGCGCUUUGAUAUUCGUCAUUGAUGCUCAGGACGACUACGUGGAGGCUCUGGGCCGGCUUCACCUCACCGUGUCGCGGGCCUACAGGGUCAACCCGGAGAUCAACUUCGAAGUGUUCAUCCACAAAGUGGACGGUUUGUCAGACGAUCACAAGAUCGAGACCCAGCGAGACAUCCACCAGAGAGCCAACGACGACCUGGCAGACGCAAGCCUAGAAAAGCUGCACCUCAGCUUUUACUUGACGAGUAUUUACGACCACUCCAUCUUCGAAGCCUUCAGCAAAGUGGUGCAGAAGCUCAUCCCCCAGCUCCCCACUCUGGAGAACCUCCUAAAUAUCUUCAUUUCUAAUUCAGGGAUCGAGAAAGCUUUUCUGUUUGAUGUGGUCAGUAAGAUCUACAUCGCCACGGACAGCUCGCCAGUCGACAUGCAGUCCUACGAGCUGUGCUGCGACAUGAUCGACGUGGUCAUCGACGUCUCCUGCAUAUACGGUCUGAGGGAGGAUGGCAGCGGCAGCGCCUAUGACAAGGAGUCCAUGGCCAUCAUCAAACUCAACAACACCACUGUGCUGUACCUGAAAGAGGUCACCAAGUUCCUGGCCCUUGUCUGCAUCCUGCGAGAAGAAAGCUUCGAGCGCAAAGGAUUAAUAGACUACAACUUCCACUGUUUCCGGAAGGCCAUCCAUGAAGUAUUUGAGGUGGGCGUCUCUACCCAGCGUCCCGCGGGCUCCCAGGCGGUGGGCUCGCCCUGCACCAAGGCCGUCGCCCUCAACGGCACGCCGCGCAACACUGUCUAGACGCUGAUGCGACACACACACAAUACAAAGACGCAAAAAGAGAGAAGAGGAGUCGAAGGAGGAGAGGAAGGAUGGAGAGGAGGCCGGGGAGCCCGUGGGGGAGAGACUAACUGAAACUGGGGCUCACCGGCACGCCGGCCACAAUCCCUUGCUCCCCACGCCGAAAGCAUCGAGAGACGCCUCGAGCCGGGAGUGUGGGAGCAGCGGAGCACAGAGGGAGGGGAAUUCACGCUUCUGUAUCAGGUGAAUGCAAACCACUGUGUAGACUUUCUUUGGACUUCACAGCCGUGACGAUUAGCUGCUGGUUCCUCUUGCGUGAACACUAUGAGGCGGAGGAGCAGCCGCGUUGCGACCUCCGGAUUUUGGACAAGCUGUGACGCCAGUCUUUUGGCGGAUUGCGUCUCGCGACGAGUCCGCCGCCCCCGACCGCUUCUGUGCUGACAAAACGCGGGUGGACGUGAACCGCUCGGCCCCACACACACGUCCAGAGAUGGCCUUAACGGAGACGAGGCUCGACCGCGGCGCAAGCCCUCGUCUCGCCACCACUCACCUCACCCUACCUGAAUGCUGCCCGAAACUGGCUUCUUGGUUUCACUGGUGAAAGGAACUCGAGGUUUCAUGAGCAGAAUGAAAAGGGAUUGUGCUGUCCAUCCGAACCAUGUGUAUGUAGGUACCUGUGUAUGUGUGUGUGAAUGUGUGUGAGAGGUUUUGUUUAGAUCCCAGACUGGGCCUCAUGUAUCUACUAAGAGUGGGACCUCUUGUAUAAAGUCCUCCUCCAGCUUGGCGUAAUUAAACUCCUCUCAGUGGAAGUAGCUUUUCUGUUUGUGCUCC